UCGGUCGUAGCCAUAGAGUCUAUGGUGGCAGUUAAUAUCUCCCAUAGCCCUGAACGCAACACAACGCCACGUCAGCUGAUCAGCGCCAGAGCAGUGCAAAACUCACGUGAGUCUUGUCAACACGUGACACUCUGGACCAGGAAUCAUCAUGGCUGCAGCACCUCAACCUGUCUACUGGCUGGGUAAUGACACCCUGAGGGUGUCAGCUGCCCUUUUUGCAGAGAACCGUCAGCGACUGUGCAAAGGGCUGAGAGCCAAAGAUGGAGUGGUGCCAAAGUCAGUGGUGGUUCUUCAGGGAGGAGAACAGAAGCAGAGGUACUGCACGGACACAGACCUCCUUUUCAGGCAGGAGUCUUUCUUCCACUGGGCUUUUGGAGUAACUGAGCCUGACUGUUAUGGAGCCAUUGAUGUGGACUCUGGGAAAUCCAUCCUUUUUGUUCCCAAACUGCCUGAAAGCUAUGCCACGUGGAUGGGAGAGAUCUUUCCUAAAGAGCACUUCAAGGAGAAAUACGCUGUGGAUGAAGUGCAAUACACCUGUGAUAUUGUUGAUGUCCUGACCAACCUGAGACCAGCAGUGCUCCUAACACUGCGAGGACAGAAUACAGACAGUGGGAGCAUCUGCCGUGAAGCCUCCUUUGAAGGAAUUAGUGGCUUCCAAGUGAACAACAGUCUUUUACACCCCAUCAUUGUGGAAUGCCGUCUGAUUAAGACUGAUAUGGAGCUGGAGGUCCUGCGCUACACCAACAGGAUUUCCAGUGAAGCCCACAAAAUGGUAAUGAAGCAUGUGAAACAUGGACAGAAAGAAUAUGAAAUGGAGAGCCUGUUCCAGCACUACUGCUACACUAAAGGAGGGAUGCGCCACACCUCGUACACCUGUAUCUGUGGAACGGGCAAUAAUUCCUCUGUCCUCCAUUAUGGCCAUGCUGGGGCUCCAAAUGACAAGACAAUUAUGGAUGGAGACAUGUGUCUGUUCGACAUGGGUGGAGAGUACUACUGCUACUCAUCAGACAUCACCUGCUCCUUCCCAGCCAACGGCAAGUUCACUCCAGAUCAGAGGGCCAUCUAUGAGGCCGUCCUCAAAUCCUCCCGAGCGGUCAUGGCUGCCAUCAGACCAGGUGUGAAGUGGACUGACAUGCACCGGUUGGCUGACCGGGUUCACCUGGAGGAGCUGGUGAAGAUCGGCAUCCUGAGCGGCAGCGUGGAGGACAUGAUGAAGGUCCACCUGGGCUCUGUUUUCAUGCCCCACGGCCUGGGACACCUGCUGGGCAUUGAUGUGCACGAUGUGGGGGGCUACCCUGAGGGAGUGGAGCGUAUUAAUGAGCCUGGACUGAGGAGCCUUCGGAUGGGCCGUCUGGUGCAGGAGAGGAUGGUCCUCACUGUGGAGCCCGGCAUAUACUUCAUCAACCACCUGCUUGACCAGGCCCUUGCCAACCCUGUCCAGAGCUGCUUCAUCAACAACCAAGUGCUGGCUCGCUUCCGUGGCUUUGGAGGGGUUCGCAUUGAAGAUGACAUCGCAGUGACAGCGAAUGGCAUAGAGCUGCUGACCUGUGUCCCUCGCACUGUGGAGGAGAUUGAGGCUUUCAUGGCAGACUCUGCAAAAACCUUCAGCCCCGUCGUCAGCAGUGAGAAACCCUGAAUGACAUCUACUCAUAACAUCUGUGCUGUACGUUUUGAUGUCACUAAUGAACACAUACAAACAACAAAGAAUAUUCUUCAGUAAAACUGCAGUUAUUACUCUCACUCUUGUCUGACUUACAUAUGAUACACAAUCAAGAUAAUUAUCAGUAGAAUUAACAUGAAUGACUAACAAGCAAAACAUGAAAUUUCAAACAGUAGCCUAUCUUUAUGAAGGUUUUAUAAUGGACUGAAAAUGGUUAUGAAUCAACAGUCACUUUUAUGGAAUCGUCUCUAUCUUAGUAUAGUAACAGUUCAUUUUUUUGACUUUUGGGAAAAGAAAUACAUUUUUUAAAAUAAUUUUUAUUCUUAUAUGUUCCCGUUUGUAAACACUGAUACACAAACAAUCCAGUGAAAUUGAAUUAAAAUUUUUCAUUUGCAA